GAAUCCAUGGAUGAUGGGCAAGUCCUAAUUGCAAUGGGCCGCAAAUGUGUUGCUCUCCCCAAUUUCUAAACGCGCCAUAUUUUCAAUUUUCUUCAAAUAUUUUUGGCGCAAUUCCCCAAUUCAACACAUCUUCUCUCUCGCACAAAUGCUCACCUUUCGCAUCCCAAAACCCCUCGCUUCCACCACUCCACAUGACGGAUUUUGAAGCUCCAUCUUUCUCUCUAGGGCUCGAUCUCGACCUCGAUUCCGAGCCCAAUUCUACUCCGGCACCUGUUCCAUCUCUAAAACGUGCUAAAAAAUUUCCAGCCACACAGAAUCUCCGGACAAUUGCGGAGGAUGAUGACGAUGAUUUUGAGUUGCCGGGUCCGGGUCCUGUCCCGAAUUGUACGGAUCCACCGCUGAAACUGAAGCGCCUCCGACGUGGGUCCACCUCCUGCAAACCCACACCAGCCGCCGAAAAUCGGAAUGUCAAGGAGGAGACGUGGCGUGAUGUGGAAGACGAGAUUGAAGAGUUCUCUUCGCAGGAAGAUCGGCCUGAAGGUCAUCCAAAAACCCUUAGGUCUGUAAGUAGCAGUUCUAAAAUCCCAUUACACCGUCAUGGGGAAUUUUCCUCGCAAUUAGCCAGCCAAAGUACUGUGAAAAGGAGAAGAGAGGAUACAGAUUCUUUGGCAUUUGAAAAUAUGGAAAAAAGUGACAAUAAAUUUGUAUCCCCCAAGUUAACUGUUAGUCCUCUUAGAAGGUUCCAGUUGAUUGAUUCAGAUUCAGAUUUGGAUGAUCCAUCCAUAAUUGAAAACGGGAAGAAAAAUGAGAAAGUAGAGUCACCUGGUCAAUGCGCGGUCUCAAACAAACAGAGCACAGCUAAAACAUCUCAUGUGGCAUCCCAGACCAAUGAUUUGUGGAAGGGUUUUUUGACAGAGAAGGACUUCAAUAUUGCUACCCCUGCUUUGGAUGAAGUUUGUGAUGAAUAUUUUAGAUCUAUGAGAGGUAGGGAUGACAUUCAGAAUGUAAAUGAAGGUUAUCACCCAAAGAACAGUUUUGCUGAGAACAGUAUGAAACAAAGGCAUACAAGUCCUCUCUUUCCUGCUCAUACAUCUAUGAGAGGUAGGAAUGACAUUCAGAAUGCAAAUGAAGGUUAUAACCCAAAGAACAGUUUCACUGAGAACAGUAUGCAACAAAGGCACACAAGUCCUCUCUUUCCUGCUCAUAACUAUUUUUUCCACAACGAUUUAAGGAUCCAAAAGCUAGUUCAAGACCGUCUGCCCCACUUUUUUCCCUUGGGAAGCAAACAAAAUGAAGGAUCAGUUGAUUACACAGGGCAAUUUUCUAUUGGAGGACGUCCUGAAAAGCGAACUGUGAAGGUUGCAGCUGAGGCAAGCUCAACAAAGGGCAAAAAGAAAAAUAAUCCUAACGAGGCAUCUCAAGCAGAUGCGGGAUGGAUGAACCCUAAGAACUCUGCUGGGGUUCCAAAGGAUGCUGGCAAGAGAAGGGUGCAUGCAGCAGUUGGUAAACCAGCUGGGCAUUGGUUCACGGCUGCAGAUGGAAAGAGAGUUUAUGUCACCAAAAACGGGCAAGAGCUGACUGGCCAAAUUGCCUACAGACAUUAUAAGAAGGAGAGCGGAACAGGGUUCAAGAAGUCGAAAGGGAAAGCAACUGCCAAUAAGAAAUCAUCUGCCAAAAACAAGAAGAGAUAAUGCAGCUCCCAUGGUAGAUGGUACCACUAAAUUUCAGAUGUCCACAUCACUGUUGUAAAUAACAUGUUUCUAUCAAUUUGGAUAUUAACACAGUUUUGAUAUUACAUUGGUGAUUCAUUUUCUUGUUUAAAAUAGGAAAAUACAUUGGGGAUUCAUUUUCUUGUUUAAAA